GAUUUACUGGCAGCAGAGACAGGACUCAGACAAUCACCAGACCACCAUGGAAAUAACACAUAUUUUAUCUCUUUCCGUUUUCAUCUUGUUAAGCAUUCAGACUGUGAAUUCUCUGAGAUGUUCUACCUGUAGAGGAGUCAAUUGUGAUUCUUAUACCACAUUGACAUGCAGGGAAGGCACAGGAGCUGCAUGCCAAUCUGUUUUCUUUUGGAAAGGUGAUACUAGACGUAACUUUAGAGCUUGCACUUCAAGGUAUGAGUGUACCAGACGCCCUUCUUUUGUACCCCAGGAUGGUGGCUAUACCAUAGAAUGCUGUUAUACAGAUCUCUGCAACUCCGCCAUUACCACAAAGAUGUCUCUGUUCCUUGCCGGCUUCUUGGUCCUGAUGUCUCUUUGUGUCUCCAGGUUUUGAUAGCGUUCUUACCACUUUUCUAAGACCAACGACAUGACUUGGCCAGUUUAUAUUAUGCACAGCAUCUCCCUUACCAAGUACACAUAUAUCAGCUAUUUACAUUUGUAUCGUUUAUGCCUACGCUAAUGAAAUAAAGCACAUUCUAUUUGAUGAUUUCUUUUUCCUAUUGUUUAUAUGGCGCCAGAUUCUGCUCUGUUCAUUUCGUCACCAGGCCUCAGUCUCCUAUUCCCCUCAGGAAUACACAUGACCAAUUUCACAGAAAGCAAAAUAACACGGGAAGAACACACAGGGGGAGAUUUAUCAAA